GCGGCUCGUUUCUUCGAAGUCCUGACUUGUUCGUUAACCUAGCUCUCCCGAUUGCACUUGUGCCCUGAUCGAGCCGACGAUCAUAUUUUCAGGUUGUAAUCAAAUCGCAGUCUCAGUGACAGCGAAUUGAGCUAUAAUCAAGUCCUGAGUACUCCUCGAAUUUGAAAUUUGAGAGCGGAAUAGAACACGAGGCAAGAUGGUGGAAGCUGUCAAGGGCUUGCUGAUCAGCUGUGACAUACCGAUGGCGCAGUUCAUUAUCAAUCUAAACAACAGCAUGCCCAAUGCCCAAAAGUUUAUUCUCGAAAUACUUGAUGAUACCCACAUGUUCGUGCAGCCUCAUAUGGCUGAAACUAUCCAGUACAGAGUCCAAGAAUUCCGUGAUUCAAAUACUUUCGAGAAGCCCCAUGGUGUUGGAAACUAAGUAUCCAGCAGUGCAAGAAGCCGUAUUUGCAGAUUAGGAUGGGUGGUACUUUACAAUGGUCUGCUCCAUCCUUCUCUUAGUGAUCAAGAGACUGCGAGAACUGAUGUCAGGGGUUUGAGUGUACAGUUAGAUAGCGAAUGCUUCUUUAGUAAAGAUAAUUCACGCAAAUAUCCAUCAAGCACAAUGACCAGACGGUUGGGAUUGAAAUCACGUAGUACUUACACUUACACUUACACGUAGUAUUUUAAGUGAGCCUUUGUGGUUUCUGUCAAAGUGAGGAUGUAUAUAUAUGUCAGCUGGAAUUAUUGAUGAAGCCGUAAGUUUUGUGUAGAGUUUCAUGUAAAUAUCAAGCGACAUCUGCUGAUUGCGUAAGCUAUGCGAGACAAUAAUACUCACCUACUACCGUAUAUGAGUUUCUGAAUAUUAUCAAUCAAAUAUUGGAAACCAACGC